AUGUUACUGAUAACUGGUACUACUGCCAAAGCCUCAAUCAACCCUCCAGCCACUCAAUUGACUUGCCCUGCACAUCCCAUCAUGAACAAUAAAUUUGUUGACAGUGAUAUCAUACAAUAUUGCGAGGAUGGGGGCAAACAUGUUGUUUGCACAGUGUGCCCUCGUAAAGCAGGUGUCUUGCGUACAAUGGCCAUCCGACAUGUUGAAAAGCACAUCGCCCAGAGCAGGCAUCAAUGGUUCUCUGAAAGGUUUGUCAAGAAACAACAGGCCACUACUCCCAUACCGCAACUUGAGAAUUCGCAACCUAAGAAAGCUGGGGCACCCAUCUUCACCUCAACAAACACCAGACCCACUGUGUCUCCCCACGAUUCCAACAACCCAUACAUGGAUGUAGACAUGCCUGAUGUAGACAUGGAGGUCCCACUAUCUGAGCUUUUGAAUCAUAUCGCAGGUGAUUGGACACCCAAGUUCGACAGAGUGCAUCUGGACCUAUUUGCUGAGCUCCAAGCAAGUCUUACCUGUGGGGAAAUUCCUUUCUCAAUGCCUCUUGCCCCCAUAAAUGACGAGCGUGAGCUCUUCAACGAUUGUACGCCUGAUUUUGGCAUUGAAGUUCCCGGUGUAGAAAGCUGA